UUAUUUCCAGUCUUCUACAGUGUGUGCGGGUCAGACGCGACACGGGUGAAAAGCUCAAAACUCGAACUGGAUUUCACCAUGACAUGCUCGGCACCGAUUAAAAUAAACGCUGGGAACGACAGUCGCCGUUUUAGCACGCGCGUUAAAGGCGGCGACGCAACUUGUGUGAAGACGUUUGUUUAAACUGAAUUAGAUAAAUUCAUCUGUACAGUCCUUUAAUAGUGUCCGAGUGGAGAUGGACGUGCAUUUAUGGGAUCAUCUCCAGGCUGGCAGCUCAGAUGUGGAUUGGUGUGAAGGGAAUUAUCUCAUCUAUCCGGGAAUAGCGGAAUUUUAUAACACGAUAAGCAAUGUGCUGUUUUUCGUCUUGCCUCCCAUUCUCAUGUGUCUGUUCAGACAGUACGCCACACAUUUCAACAGUGGCAUCUAUCUAAUAUGGACUCUCCUGGUGGUUGUUGGUAUUGGCUCAACUUACUUUCAUGCCACUCUGAGUUUUUUGGGUCAGAUGUUGGAUGAGCUGGCCAUAUUGUGGGUGCUAAUGUGUGCCAUUGGCAUGUGGUUUCCCAAAAGAUACCUUCCCAAGAUAUUCCGUAGAGACAGGUCGAGGUUUAAAGUCGUCAUUGGCGUUCUCUCAGGAAUCACCACCUGCUUGGCUUUCAUCAAGCCGGCCAUUAAUUCCAUCUCUCUUAUGGUGCUGGGAAUCCCGUGCACUGCGCUGCUCAUUACUGAAUUAAAGAGGUGUGAUAACCCACGUGUGUUUAAGCUGGGUCUUCUCUCAGGGCUGUGGUGGACUCUGGCACUGAUGUGCUGGAUUAGUGAUCGCAUUUUCUGUGAAAUGUGGUCAUCUGUCAACUUUCCGUAUCUACACUGUGCCUGGCAUAUUCUGAUCUGCUUGGCUUCCUAUCUGGGAUGUGUGUGUUUCGCUUAUUUCGACGCAGCAUCGGAAGCCCCAGAACAGGGACCCGUUCUUAAAUUCUGGCCCAGUGAGAAAUGGGCCUUCAUCGGGGUGCCAUACGUCACUCUUCUCUGUGUGCACCGGAAGCCUUCCCUUAAAGUGACAUAACCUGUGCUGUGUUCUGACUACACUUCAGUGCAGCGCUUUUCCAGGCGGAUUUGUUUGCUUCGCGUGGAAAGUGUUUCAUAAUUAGUAUGAAUUAUGCGGGAAUUGAGAUAAAAUGCACAGUUUACUUCAGCAGUGUUAAAUUAAUUCAUUGUGGUGAAGUUUGCAAGCGCACAAUAGGCGAGUUUCUGUUGGAGUGAAGGAUGUCAAAUUGUUCUUUUUUAUAACAGAUUCUACACCAGCAAUGAAACCUUUAAGUGUGAAAAUGCCAUUUUUGUAAGUACAUUAACAGUUUAAAAUCUUAUUGAAUCUUCACUUUUCUCAAGGUCAUAAGGAAGGGAUAAUGUACAUGUAGUACUUAUCAAAAGAUGAUCAGGAGCUCAGUGAAUGACGGAUAUCACCCUCAUGGGAUUUACUGUACAUGUAUUACUUAUAACACAGCUUAUUGCCAAAAUAAAUAAUUAAAGGGACAUGAUGAAAUACAAUUAUUUUCAUAUGUGGAAAAUAGAGACUGCAGAGUUUUAUACAAUUCAUACAGUUGACUUGUUGCAACUGACCAAUCAGAAUCAAUUAUUUUUGAUGAUGUAAGCAUUUCUUUUUGUAAAUAUCAACAUUUGAAAAAAAUGUUUUAAGGACUCAUAAAAUGAUGA